UGAGUGUGCUACGUUGUUCCUCGUCUAGCUACAAGUAUGACUUGACUGACUUGCAUUCAUGGCUCUUGGAUGAUCCGAUGAACCAUGGAGCUCAAAGUAUGGGUGGAUGGAGUCCAGAGGAUUGUGUGUGGGGUCACUGAAGUCACAACAUGCCAGGAGGUCGUUAUAGCUCUUGCUCAGGCUAUUGGUCGCACGGGCCGCUACACGCUCAUCGAGAAGUGGCGCGACACGGAGCGGCACCUGGCGCCACACGAGAACCCCAUCGUGUCGCUCAACAAGUGGGGCCAGUACGCGAGCGACGUGCAGCUCAUCCUGCGGCGCACGGGGCCCUCGCUCAGCGAGAGGCCCACGUCGGACAGCGUGGCGCGUGGCCCCGAGAGAACGCUCUACCGGCAGAGCUUGCCGCCCCUCGCCAAGCUCAGGCCCCAGGCCGACAAGGCCAUAAAGCGGAGGGAGCCCAAGAGGAAAUCGCUGACUUUCACUGGAGGCGCUAAAGGGUUAAUGGACAUCUUUGGUAAAAGUAAAGAAGCUGAGUUCAAGCAAAAGGUGCUCAACAACUGCAAGACGACAGCGGAUGAACUGAAGAAGUUGAUUCACCUCCAGACGGAGAAGCUUCAGUGCAUUGAAAAGCAGCUGGAGUCCAAUGAUGCUGAGAUCCGCUACUGGGAGCAGAAGUACAACUCCAGCCUGGAGGAGGAGAUUCUCAAGCUGGAGCAGAAGAUCAAAAGGAACGAGGUGGAGAUCGAAGAGGAGGAGUUCUGGGAAAACGAGCUGCAGAUUGAGCAGGAGAAUGAGAAGCAGCUGAAGGAGCAGCUCCAGGAGAUGAGGCAGCGGAUCCUGGAGUGUGAAGGCAAGCUGAAGGAGUACUUGUCUCAGAUCCACAAUAUGGAAAGCGGCCUGGAGGCGGAGAAGUUGCACCGGGAAGUUCAAGAAUCACAAGUGAAUGAAGAAGAGGUCAAAGAAAAGAUCGAGAAGGUGAAAGGCGAAAUUGAUGUUCAGGGCCAGCAAAGCCUAAGGUUGGAAAACGGCAUUAAAGCUGUAGAAAGGUCUUUGGGCCAAGCCACCAAACGGUUACAGGACAGGGAACAAGAGCUGGAGCAGCUGACCAAGGAGCUGCGACAAGUCAACCUGCAACAGUUUAUCCAGCAGACAGGAACGAAGGUCACAGUGCUGCCUGCAGACCCCGUGGAGGUGGAGGCCCCACACGUGGAGCUCGAGAGAGAGACAACAUUUCAGUCCGGGUCACUGAAACGCCCUGGCUCAUCAAGGCAACUCCCCAGUAACCUUCGGAUCCUGCAGAAUCCCCUGUCGGCUGGCUUUAACCCAGAAGGCAUUUAUGUAUGACAGUGUAUACCUCUUCUGGAGAGGACUGAGAAAGGCACCCCAGACAAGAUACACUUUUUAUUCUACCAAUGAUGAGUGGAAGAAGCUUUUCUGUUAAGCCACCACAAUUCAAUUUUUCUUCUUCCUCUGACACACCACUUGGAGCCAUACCCUGUGCACUGAUGCUAAAGAACAGAGGACCCAUUUCAACUCCUACCUGGCAACAAUGAACUUGCUGUCACACAGAUAGAGUGCAAAAGCCUUCACUUAUUUUUGCCACUUCAGAAGCGUUUGGGAAAGUAUUAUUCAAUGUAUAGGCAUAAAUAAAAGACUGAGCAAGGUGAAGGAAACCGUGUAUGCAACUGAUCUGAGGUUUAAUUUAUUCCCUUUAAUCAAUGGACAUGUGAAUGUUGACCUUUUAUAUUUUUAUUUUUAACUUGUGAAUAACCAUGUACUCUGGUACAUCAGUCUGACAAGGUGACUUAAUUUGUGUACAAACAUCCAGUAUUUGAUCAAGUAGAACAACUUGCAAUGCAGAGUGUUUUGUGGAGUGUUGGACCUUUUAAAUGUUUUUUCUUCCCACCACUGAUUGUGUUAGUUUCUG